AUGGGUGAAUAUCAGCACCUCAAAAUUCCACUUGAACGCAUACAACAGGCCACCAACAACUUUGGUGACACUCACUUUCUUGCGGAAGGUGGAUUUGGGAAGGUGUAUAGGGGAGAACUCAUCCGAUCCAACGGUCCAACCAUGGCUGCUGUAAAGCGCUUGACUCCUUCAAAUCAUGGGGAUGCUGAUUUUUGGAGAGAGAUCAUGUUGCUUUCGGAAUAUAAACAUGACAAUAUCAUCUCACUCCUCGGUUUCUGCUAUCAACAUAAGGAAAGAAUCCUUGUGUACGAGUAUGCACCAAAGAAAAGCCUCGACAAUCAUUUACGUGACCCCAAGUUCACGUGGGUUCAACGUCUCAAGAUAUGUCUUGGAGCUGCACGUGGCUUGGAAUACCUUCACAAUCCCAGAGAAGGCCAACAAAGAGUUCUACAUCGCGAUAUCAAAAGCGCCAACAUCUUAUUGGACGAAAAUUGGAAUGCGAAAAUUGCAGAUUUUGGGUUUUCCAAAUAUGGCCCAGCUAAUCAAAAACACUCUAUGCUUAUCACUGAACCCAAAGGCACUCUUGGGUAUUGUGAUCCUGUGUUUCUAGAGACAACGUUUUACGUAAAAGAAUCCGAUGUAUACUCAUUCGGAGUGGUACUAUUUGAAGUUUUGUGCUCAAGGCUUUGUCUUGAUUAUAGUUAUGAUGAUAUGCGAAGAUCCCUACCUGCAUUCGUUAAGAACUCUUCUAAAGAGAAAAUCAGGGAUACGAUUAUCGAUGUUAAUCUACUGCAACAAAUUGAAGAAAACUCUUUUGAUACCUUCGUAACACUCGCGCUUAAAUGUUUGGAAAGAGAGCAGAAAAAACGUCCAUCUAUGGAGUUGAUCGUGAAAAAGAUUGAAACUGCACUCCAAUAUCAGGAACAAAGAAACGUCGUUUUUGCAAAUAAUGUGAACUUCGCAUCAUCAUCUUCAACACUAUAUGCAGUAAAAGAAAAUCCAAAUCUACUUCCUCAAAAGAAACAAGCUGGGAGAAAUGUUGAGAGGUUCCCGACCUUUGCUUACUCCGCUGUGAAGGAACUGAAGAUCGGAAAAGGAGCACUGGAAUGCGUCGUUUGUCUUAACGUAUUCAAAGACGAAGAAACUCUCCGGUUGAUCCCCAAAUGCGAUCAUGUUUUUCACGCUGAGUGCAUCGAUGCUUGGCUCGAGAAUCACCUACUUUGCCCUAUCUGCCGAACCGAUCUUGCUCCCAAACCCGGUUGGUGA